AUGUCGUCCUAUUUCAACCUGUCCUCGUUCGCGCGAGCAAAGAAGAACCAAGACCAGCUGCAGAAAACGAACCCGAAAGAGCCAGUGCUCAAGGACGAAGACGAAAAGUUCCUCGAGCGACACAUGUCCCAGGAUCAAGCCACCGAGGUCGCGAAAGAUCUACCCGCAACGACGAUCACCGACCAAGGCGAGGAGCGACCGGCUUCAUCGAGCGAACAGAAAGUUGCGACAGAAGGCGAUCAUGUGGUACCAGCGGCACAACCCGAGAGCCCAACCAGCAGCGAAAAGAAGGCCAAGAAGAACAAGGAUUUCGAGCUGCCUAGUCAGGAAGAAGCGGAAGCAGCAACACGGGGCUGGAACGAUCAGGUCAAGCUGGACGACACAAGACCAGCGUCAUCUGGCGACAAGAAGAUUUGGGCAUCGUAUAUUCCGCAAUCUCUGAAGCCGGCAGCCAAAAAGGAUGGUGCAAAUGAGCCAGCUCCCGAAGAGAAGCAGAAGGACGACUCCCUCGAGGGCUCGACAGAGGACCUCAGUGCCUCCCGCACCUGGAAAGACUACGCCGCCUCCUACGUCCCGACCACCUACCCGACCCUCCCCUCGCUCCCUGCAUCCUGGACACGCAAGGAUAAAGACAGUCAGCCCGAGCCUGUCUACAAAGAGGAUGGCACCAUCGAUGGGGAGAAGACCAAGGAGAAACAGGAGAAGGAGGUUUCCGUCCUGCUGGAUAACCUGAACAUGAGCGCGAUCAACAACCGCGUCUUCGCCCUUUCCGACGAGACUGCCAAAAUCUACGAGCGCUUUCAACAAGUCCUGAAGGAUACCAUCAACGGCGCGCCCACUGCAUAUGACGAUAUGGAAAAGCUUAUGAAGGAGGCGGGACCUACGCUGGAGAAGCAGUUUGCGAGCAUGCCGCCGUUCGUGCAGACGCUUGUUAAGAGCUUGCCGGCGAAGCUGGGUGGGACGCUAGCGCCGGAGAUACUGGCUGCGGCGAGUGAGAAGCCGGGAAGUGAUCUGAAGGCGAGGAUGGAGACUGCAAGCGCCGGAGAGACUGACACUGAGCCUGGGAGUAGCAAGAGCGGCGAGAAGGCGGCUGAGAAGAAGAAGAAGAAGCGGACGAUCCCAGGCAUGAAGAGUUUGUUGAGCAAGGAGGGUGCAGCUGCUGGCAUGCUUCGGAAUACAGUCAACUUCUUACGAGUCCGGUUCCCGUUCUUGGCCAGUACCACGAAUGUUGUGAUGUCGCUUGCAGUCUUCAUCCUGAUGUUCGUCUUCUGGUACUGCCACAAACGUGGCAAAGAAGUCCGCCUUGCCAAAGCGGCUGAGAACGAGCAGAGGGAGACCAAAAAAGGCGAGGUGGAGGAGGUAGACGACGAUGGCGAGGAUAUUGAGGAGGACGACACGGAUGAGGACGAGGUUGAUCAGAAGAUCGCACAAGACAUCGAAGCACGACUCAAUCAGCCGGCGCCGAAGGAUGUUCCUCUACCGACUGAGACCAAGGACGAGAAGACGGGAUGA